GAGACCCAAUAUUCCAGACAGGCAGAAACAAAAACCCUAAACCCUUGAACAGCCCCUCGGCUUUUGCAAGCAUCGAGCCCGCCCUAGUGAGGAGGAGAAUUAGAUUGAUUGCAAGUGCCAGCAUAGCCCUGAAACCCUCAGAGAAAAGAGUAGAGAUGGAUCACUUAGCAGCAGCUGAAGAGCGAAUUGUUACGGAGAGAGUUCAACAAAAACUACACCAAGUCAAUUUAGCCGCUAAAGAACAUCUUUCUCCGAUCCAAGACCAUGUCAAUUUCACCCUUCAGCAAGCGUACUUCAAAUGUGCGUAUGAGUGCUUUGAUAGGAAAAGAAACCAUGAUGACAUAAGCGCUUGUGUAGAAAACUGCAGUGUUCCUGUUGUUAGAUCCCAACAGAUGGUUGAGAACGAGAUGGCCAAGUUUCAAGAAAGGUUGAAUAGGUCGCUGAUGGUCUGCCAAGACAAGUUUGAGGCAGCUAAGCUCCAAAAGAAACCGGGUGGCCUGCAUGAAUUGGAGUCCUGUGUUGAUCAGUCAACCCAGGACAGCAUCAAGAUGCUGCCGCAUAUUGCUGGAAAGUUGAAGGCCUCCUUUUUCAUCAGUGAUUAGGGAAAACAACCACCUUAUUUUUAAUCAUGUAUAAAUCAUUGGUAACCGAUGAAGAUUGUUGGGGGGACAUUGAACUCUGUUUUUUGCAACCAGCCUAAAGAUCAGUAACUAAUUUCAUUUGAUUAUAGUUCUAUAUCAAUUGGUUUUUUGUAAUAGCAGGAAGUUGAAGUAUCACUGCUAGGUGCCUUUUUUGGCGACAAACGGAAUCAUCAUAUUGAUGUAAAGAGUGGAUAAUUAUAUAUUUGGCUCACCACAGAUUUAAUAUUGAUGGCUUCAAAUUCUUCAGA